GGGGGGAGUGAUACGUAUUUGACAGAGUGGAAUUCAAUAACAGGAAAAAAGCCAAUGAAAAAAAAACAAUCCGUGCAAUAGCGAAACCCACCCUGCAGCGCUAUUGUGCUUGGCACACGCUUGGCAAUUCAUGUCAAGCGUUUGGCCCAUGCGGGAAGCCUAAAUGGAGCGCGUGGACAGCGGCGAGGGGAAGGUGGUGGAAAGCAUCCUGACAGGGGAAUGACCUCCUUUCAUUGACUGUCCGAUGUCCCUGCAAAUGCGGUCCGUACUGGAGUGACCGGAUUACAAACCCGUCUGUGCAGCUACUAGCGUCUAAUCCCGCAGUGCCUCGGCCAAGUCUGUGAUGAGUCAUUGCUUAGCUAUGAGAAAAAAACAAAAAACAAAACUAAAGAUUAUGGAGGGCCUGAUUGGAAUGACUGGGUUGCUACCUGUCUAUGCAGCAUGUAUUUAAACCCACAGUGGCUUAGUUGGGCUGUUGUGAACCCUCCAUUAUGAACCAAAAAACAUGUUGAGGGCCGCAGCGGAGUGAGUAAUUUGCUCCCCGACUAUGCAGCGUGUGUUGUUGUUGUUUUGCUGUUGCAUUGUAGUGCGCUGUUGUGACCUAGAUUGCACACACACACACGUCGAUGAAGACACGUCGGGCAUUGUUUGCAGAGGAGAGGCCACUUAAUCGGAGCUUGACAACACGCUGGCUCGCUUGGCGUGCGCGGAAUUUGUUUUUUUGUGACUCCCGACGCUUCCUUCCAAGAGAUUUUCUUAGCCGCGCCAAGGUGCUUCCCUGCCAUUUGUUUGUCAAUUGUUUGCCUGUCUUCAGUCGUGUUUUCAACAUUUCUACUGAGGGAAUGUUGGCAGGCCCUGAAGGCGGACACAUUUGGACCCACGGCGCCGUAGGCCAGCAAAACGCUUGCCCUCCACCUGCAUCAAGAAACCAAGGCGUCGCAAUAAGCUCCGCCUCUUCCUCCAUAUAGAUCUACGUCGUCCACUGAGUACAUUCGUGGCGCGUGUCUGGAGGUGCUUGUCAAUGGGUCGCAGCACCUGCUGACCGACCGCGGCUUGUUGAAGGCGCUUGCCUCGAAUGAGGACUGUGAGGCGAGAGGCUCGCAGGACGAUGAUUCCGCAUGAAGCGCGACGCACUCGGCCCCCCGUCGUCCACGACGGCAGCAGCAGGUUAGACAACAAGGAGGAGUGUGCAAAGUGAAAACGAAAGCCCAAAGAAGAUUAGAUAAAGGAAAAGUAAAGAUCAAGAAAGUACUUGAGCAAGGAUCAGGAUGAAGUCCAAUCAUGAACGGAGUAACGAAUGUCUGCCCCCAAAGAAGAGGGAGAUCCCCCCCAGCACGGUUCCGUCGGAAAGCCAUUGCCCUAUCGCUCCGCCCCCCGCCGCCGAGCCCCACGCCCCAGGAAACCUCGCCUGGUUCGUGGCCGGCGGGAGUGGCAGCGCCACGAGCGUCCCUCGUAGCGCCGCCCAGUCGGACGCCGCUCUGUAUAAAUCCUCCGCGUCCGACUCCAUGAGACUCGUCUCGUCCCUUCCCGCCGUCUACACCUCGCCUCAGACGCACGUGGGAGGGACGCUCCACUACGCCCAACUGCCCCCCAACGUUCAGUUCAUCACUUCGCCCUACGCCGCCCCAUACGCCAGUUACAUCGCCCCUCAGCUUCUUCCGCCACCCCCUCCGCCUCCCCCCCUCUCCUCCUCCACCUCUCAGAGAUUGUCGUCGCUCCCCGAGAAGCACGCCGCCAAAUACGAUCAACCUCGAGCAUCCAUCCGGUACACCUCCGACAUGCCCCCACCUCACACCUCCUCCCUGCAGCCCCAUCACACCCACGGCGCGCACUACACGAAUGUCGGUAGUGCCAGAAAAGAGGAUGGCGGCGCAGGCUCCAAAGGGCUUCACAACGGGGGACUGGAGCCGAGUCGGAAGUUCGGGGUCACACCGGAGAAAGCGGUCAAAUUGCGCGACGCCUACGAGGCCUGCCAGCCGGUGCUCCCGUCGGGCUACGCUCACGACCCCUUGGCUCUGAGAACCUCCGUCAUGCUCAUGCCCAACAGCCACGGGGACCCCCAGGUGGCACCGUCCCGGGGCAGCCCUCGGAAGAUGCACCCGGAAAAAGGCAGCAUCCUCCUGGGAAAACCGGUCAACCGCACCCCUUUGUCGUCCAACCACUCUUUUACAUUUCCGCCGCCCUUAAGUGUAGACAAUCUGAAAGCCGCUGUCGGCGCCCUGUCGCCACAAACCGUGAUACAGACCACUCGCAACUCUACGGUGGAAGGUCUUUCCGUGGGGGUCCAUCCCAGCAAUAUCUACCCCCAGACGCCGGUGAUUGGUUACAUCGCGGAAGCCGGUGGCGGCCAACAUGCGCCAAUCAGCUAUCAUGCCAGCCUACAGCAACAUGUGCUCAUUGCAGGAGCUCAGCCGGUCAUCAUCCCGGUCAGCGGCAGCGGCGUGUCUACCUUGGAGCCACCCGCGUCGCAGGUGGUGACGUCCUCUCCCCAGGCCUACGGUGGAGAAACUCCAGACAAUCCCGGUCGCUCAUGCCACCAGCUCACCUCAGGCGCAGUGGUUCAGGCCCAGCUCCACCUGCCCGCGGGUCCGUCGAUGGCGCCCGCUACCCUGUCAGGCGGUGCGGCGGCGGUGGCUCCCCCGUCUCUGCCGGCGUAUUUCUUCAAAGGAUCCUUUAUCCAGCUGGCAGACGGUGAGCUAAAGCGUGUGGAGGAGCUGAAGAUGGAGGACUUCAUCCAGAGCGCCGAGAUCAGCAGCGAGCUGAAGAUCGACUCGUCCACGGUGGAGCGCAUCGACAGGAGCUGCUCCUCGCCUAACUUUGCAAUCGUUCAGUUUUCCGUGGGCGAGCACCGUUCACAGGUGAGUGUGGAGGUCUUGGUGGAGUAUCCCUUCUUCGUUUUCGGCCAGGGAUGGUCAUCAUGCUGCCCGGACCGGACCGCCCAACUCCUGGAGCUGCCUUGCACCAAGCUCUCAGUGGGCGAUGUUUGUAUUUCGCUCACCCUCAAGAAUCUGAGGAAUGGAUCCCUGACCAAGACUCACCGGCCGGAGCCGGUCCCCGCUUCCUUAGCCCUAGCCCCCAGCCACGGGUACCUCCUCGACGCCUCCAAGACAGUCUCCGGCGUCCCCCACAGCAGUGCUGGAGGAGGCUCCAGGUACGGGGAGCAGGAGAACGGCGUAGCGGCUGUGGAAAACGGGGAUCUCGGCUUUGGCGAAAGGGCGUCUUUUUUGAAGGAAGAACCUAGGAAGCCAACCAGCAGCAACAGCAGGAAGCGCAGAUGGUCGGCCCCCGAGUGUCGGAAAGUGGAAAAACCAGAGGAACUGCCCUUGACCUUGGUCAAACCGACUUUUAUCCCCCACGAGGUGAAAGUCACCAUCGAGGGACGAUCGAAUAUUGGCAAGUGAAGACUCCUUUGAGAAAAAUUGAGAUUUCUUGCAAAACCGUGGAUGCACACUUUCUUUGGUUUUCUUUUUGUCAUGAAUACCGUACGGUCGAGUCGGCGAUGCUCAACAUGUUAUCGCAUUAUUAUUAGUCAUGUAGUCCAACACAAACAAUCUUUGCAGUUUUUUGGACGGCGUUCAUGCGAUCCGGUUAAAGUGCAAGUAGCCGGUGUGGCGCAAGCUAGCUCAUCGCGCGUUAGCGUGAGUUGGUAACUUUGUUGAGUGAGAGAUGGCGCGGGUAGCGGGCGGGGGGGAGGGGCCGACAAUGCUUUUUUUUUCGCCUCGUUAGCUUAGCGUUUUAGCCUCGCGGCUGAGUUUUGAUCCUCCUUGCGUCUCGCCAGUUUUCAAUGAUUGUUGAACAAACCUCAAUCAGAGGUUUUAAAAAGUGGGCGGCGGAGCUGUGACAGGUCAACGUUGGUUUUAUGAAAUAGAUAUCAAACUUUGUACAAGUGCAGACACACUGGGGGUGGCGAAAGUUUGUGUUUGGUGAUAACAUUUUACUUUAUAUUUUUGUAACACGAUUGAAAGAGAGGCUGUCUGAGAGCAUUUUGGUUUUGUUUCGUUAUUUUUUUAACGCAGUACUGUACUGUAUGUUUGUCGGGGGUAGGGGGGGAGUAACAAGUAGUAGCAGCAGCAGCACUUUGGCGAGCGAAGCAGGGGGCCGUUUUGUAGGGGUGGGCGGGGCGGGCGGUCCGGUCGACGUGCCUCAAAGGAAAUCGUAACGCAAGUGGCGAGGAAUUAAUGAAUUUUUAUAACGAAAAGCUCGUGGUGGGGUGAGUUUUGAAGGGUGUCUUUGUAUUUGUGUGCAAAAUAUCUGUCAACACAUACACACACACACGAACAUACGGCAACACAAAACAGCCCAAGCCAUCCCUGUAAUUUGAUGUAUUUGUAGUGCGGGUGUAUGGAGAAGUUUCUUCUGUUUUUGGUGCGUUUGUCCCCCGGCGGACUGCUAUUUGAACGUCUUGCACACUCGUAGUUGAACAGUACAGUUGCACAGUGCUAUGUGGUGUGUUUGUUUAAGACUUUAUGUAUACCGUGUAUAGACAAAUAAUACACUCAUUUCAUAAAUAGACAAUGUGUAAGUCAAGAGAGAGAACAAGAGCGAGUGACAAUGUCCAGCGUUUCCACUUGGGAAUCUUUGAAAGAGAAUCUUGCUGUUUGCACAUCAGGAGGAAAGAAGGAGUUGGAUGUUUUGGGUUUUUUUUGUGGGUGGACCCUGUUUUCUUCGAUCAGACAGAAACACUGGAGCAUCCCUAAAUCUCUUAACCAUUCAUGACUAUUUUAUGCAGUGGUGCCUUGAUAUACAAGUUUUCCCGUGUUAGAAGCUGUUAGGUGGCUACAUGUGUCUUUAGGGCCAACAUAGAAGCACUCAGGGGGUGCUACAUGCCUCACCCCUUUAUUUAAGAUAAGA